AUAAAUAGCAAUUCAAGGACGCGACUCCAUGCCCAAACUGUUAGGAGUAGGCCGCAUCAGCUCCCUCUGACCCAGAAUGGCCAUAGCUCGAUGGUGAUAAAUCAGCACAGGCCCUGGCAAGGCAGCAUUGAGACUCCAGGGAGCAAGAUUAAUAAAAUAGCAACUUUCAUAUUUCGUCUACAAUGUUCAGGAGGAAACCUGGAAGGACGGUAUUACCUUCAGCAGUUUCACUUUCACUGGGAUGGUAACGAUCGUUUCGGCAGCGAGCACACGCUCGAUGGAUUACAUUAUCCUCUUGAAGUGAGUAAUGAGAUAUCGAGGUCAAGUUUUUCAGGCUCCUUAACAACACCACCCUGCAGUGAAAAUGUUAUAUGGACCAUCUUGGUGCAGCCUAACUACGUAUCUGAAGAGCAAGUGGGAGAUGGCUCGCUAUUGAUUGAUAAUUGGCGAAAGACUCAACCAAUGAACGGAAGGACUCUUUACCUCAACAAAAAGAAGCCGUAUGUUCUAUGUAUAGAAACGUAG